UAUAUUGUGCGUUUCUUCCUCCUUUCUUCCUAGAUGCAGAACAACAAGAGCCACAUCCCCAAAUUCCUGUUCCACGCCUUAGAAUACCUGGAAAGCUCACAGACAACAAUCAGACAUUCUGCAGCCCUGUUCAUUGAUGCAACCUUGAGAUUCCAGCCGUCCUUGUUAUCAAUGGCCGAAAGACUACAAAGAACCAGGAAGCGGCCACAUAGAAGCAGAGAGGACAUGCUGCAUGAAGGAAUGCAGCAGUCCCUUAAUGAAAAUCACAAAGCACAGGAGUGGUGGGAGAGUAAAAGAAGGGUCUGCCAGCAGAAUGUGGAUCGCUGGCACCAAAGCACAGAGCGGCUGCUAAGCAUCAUGGAGUGCCAAGUAGACUCCAUACAGGUGCUCGUAGCAAUGCAGCUCUCAGCUCUGGCCAGGAUCAGCCCAGGGGGAGCUACAGGGAAGAGGAGGCCUGGAGGGACCUGCCCACAGAAAGCAGGUCUCUGCCAGAAGGGAUCAGAGAAGGUCCCAGGCAGGAGAUACCCACAAGGCUUUGAGGCAGGAAGCAAGAGGUGAUUUAAACACAGUCCCUGACUGCAUCACUCCGGCUCCCUGGGCUGGGACCCACAGCAGAGGGUGGGCCUGGAUCCCCCUACCACCUAGGGAUGGAUGUGGGUGUAGAGACUGCUGAGAACCCUGACCGGGCGGGAACAGGAACAGGAAUAGUGGACUUUGCCUUUGUGUUCCUGCUGUAACUUACUUUAUUUCUACUCUGCUGAAGUAAGAAGGCAAGAAACCUGUACAGGGGGGGAGCAAUGGAAAAGGGGGCAGGAGAGACCCUGAGACAAAGGCCUAAAUCCCUGGGACAAAGGCCCCACUAAAGGGGCCGGCAGCACUUUGGGUGGGGUCAGACUCCUCUCAGACCCGAAAGGGAAGAGACUAAGUCAGCUGGAGGACUGGAGUUACAAACACUGACAGAUCUAGGUUCCAUCCCUGAACCGGGUAAGGGAAACUGAGGCAGGGACAGACACAGUUCUGCUGAGCACUGCUAGGGUUCCUACAGCACUAAAGUCCCUCAGUUAUAGGUGCCUGUUGAUACAGAUACAAUUAAUUGUUGUUAGUCAUUUAGACAUUUUGAAACUCCCAUGAGGCAUCUACCUGCAUCUUUAGGUGCCUACUUACUCUUCAGUGGUGGCCUUACAUGACAUGACUGAGAGGGGGAGUUAGUUUCAUUCUGUCAGUUCAAACAGAUUUUAUUUCUGCUUAUUCAACUGCAAAACACCUGGGGGAAAAGAUCGGCUUGUUCCGGAUCCAGCCCCUCCAUCUCAAAUGAGAAACCUUCUGAUAUAUGUGGGGGUCCCCAACCAGCCCCAGAAGCAGCAGGGAAGACCAGGCUCUACUGCCUGGAGGCUGCUGGAGAGAAACAGACAAACGACAGA